AUGCAGUGUUAUGGGUACCUCGUGAAGAUCUCUGCUUCCAGCUGCAAUGGUAGUUCCUCACCGUGUCGAUUCGUUGACGAGAUUCUGACAAUGGGUAGCCCAGAGUCUUGUAUAAGUGGUCACUUCUUGAACGAGCCAUUCGGUCAGUAUAUGCCCAGCAGUACUGGCCACCAAGCUUUCAAUUUCACCCCAGUGGCUCUAGAGAUGUUCGUAUUGUCGUAA